AUGCAGAGGCGCACGUUCGGAACGAAGAACAGCCCGAAAGCUUUGAAAGAAAGCGUUUUCUUCGGUGAUCAAGAAAACAGGGCUGAGCAGGAACCCUUCCAAACAAAGGCGCCUAUAACUUCAAAGAGAGAAAGUCCAGGCCAGGGCGACAAGAUAGCAAGGGGUGUUGCCUGCGUUUUAUUAUAUAUGGCAACCUUUCGUACCAACGCUUUAAUCCACGAUUUUGAUGGAGAGUGCAAAAGGUUUGGUCCUCGAUUCGCUGCGUGGUCUCGGCCUAAACCAGGAUGGCUCUCUAUGUUCAACCCUCUUCCUCCUGUCGGGCAUAGUUACAUCCUUAAAUACGAAUACCAAGAGAUGUCGGCGAGACAGCCUGCCUGGGUGGAAGAAUAUUUUGACACAAAAAACCAGCGGGCAAAAAUUAUAGCUGUAUCACUUGGUGUUGAGUUCGCAGACAUUUACGACUACAAGUCACAAAGAGUAAUGUCCUACAAAGCAAGGAAGCCAUCUACCAGCGGCUCGGAUGUUAAAACUCAGGUGGAGUGCGGCAUUUAUGACUUGAAGACGUUCAAAUCAAAAUACCUUCAUUUGCGUUUUCCCUGUUCGACAAAAUCCUCGACGUCAUGCGACAUGCCCACUGCCAAUGAAGUUCUAAGAUAUGGCCCAUCGCAUUCUUACAAACUUAAAAGUGAACUUACUGCAUCAGAAACCCGAAAUAUCAAACACAAACUCUAUACUGCUUGUAUCGAGGAUCCAUUUAUAAAUGGCACAUACGAGUCCUACUAUUACUGGGGUGAAGAUCUUUCUUUUAGAUUUCCAAGUGGCGAAGAGAAAAUGCCUGUUCAUGUCGAGCAACAAGGAGAAUACUAUGAGAAUAAAACAAAGCAUGAACACCACAUUUUAAAGAAUAUCCCUUGGUACCAAAAAAAUCCGCCAUUUUCAGACGAUAUGUUUCAGGUGCCUCAAUCCAUGUAUUGCAAAAACCACACGAACCUUCAUACUAUUCCUGCCAUGCCAAAAUCGUUUAGUUUCAGUCAAGAGGAGCUUGCAUUCACCUUGAAUGCCUCAGGAUUUCUGAAAGGAGGUUUCUCGCCGCUAUCCUUCAAACAGUUUUGGUAUUCGGACAACCUCACGCUUGUGAGAGUUGACAUGAGGCCGUCUGAAGAAGACAUGAAAGGACCUAUCUUGAAGGAGGCUACCGGAAUAAAUGGCCGUGUCUCAGUCGUCAUGGAUUUCAAUUACGAUUUUGCAUUUCUGGCACAUUCUGCGAACGAUGAAUGCCGCAUUUUGAAGGUGGACAAGGAUUUUUUUCUUUGCUAUAAAGAGGACGAAAAAUGUAACAAGAUUAAUCGAGAAGCUCUCUUUGGAAUUUCAGCAAACUUAUCAUACAAGGGAAAGUAUGCUGAAAGUGGAAUCUAUGGAGAGACUUGGUCUAAGGUAACAGAGGAGACUAAAGAGGGCGCUUCCCAAACAAAAAUUUUAACAAGACACGAGGUCUCCUUUCAAGAAACUGAAGUCAAAGAAAAGACAAGUGGCAAUAAAAAGUUAUUUACGCCUAUUCAAGUGGUAGACUACAAGGAAGAAAUCACCACGCAAGAGAACAAGGAUGACUCAAACUUCAAGCAAGACGUCCGCCUUAAAAACUACUACGAGGUCGAUUUCUCCCAACCAGGAUUAGAAGUUUACGAAAAGCACCCCUGCCUUCAACGCCACAAUUCAAAGUUAUAUACUCUUGCAUUUGAAGGUCCUGGAGUGGUCGAUACCAACAAGGCGCGCUUUCUGCCACAGUUAAGGAGAGCUAUAAAAAAGAUCUGCAAUCCCGAAACAAUGCUGAGGUUCGAGUUUGUUGACUUGCGCAGUCCCAAGAAGAUAUCUGAGAAAAUAGUAUACCUGAGAAUCCUUGAACCGUUCGAUAGCAACGGGACAUCGACUGACGUGUUUGCCACAAAGAUCAGAGAGAUCGUAAACAAGGAGGAGUUCGUGGUAUGCUUCGUGGGUGUCACGAUAACUUUAAAUGAAAAAUUAAUGCAAUGGAUAGCAAUAAACGGCACGUUCAUCGAAGAAAACCUUCAAACAAGCGCAGCUAAUUCAAGCAGCGCGAGUCAAAAUAAAAGUGAAAUUAAAAAAUGCUCUGCAUAA